AUGUCAAGUAGAAGCCCACCUUUGGACAGUCCUGAGGAGCUGGAUGACUUCUCAGACUCUGGCAGUGACUAUGAGGCCACAAUAAAAGGCUCUAGGCGAAGAAAAAAGCCAGUACCCGGACAUCCACCCAAGAGACCCAGGCGUAAUGCUGCAUUGAGGGUGACGUCCAGCACCAUUAACAGCCCCAUCCCCACCCCUCCUCCUGACCCCUCCCAGCAGCAGCAGCAGCAGCCACCAUCCCAGGGGACAUCCAGGCAGGUCUCUCUUAGACCUGUGAGAAACGUGGAUGAGGGGAAGCAGGGUAUCACAGCAAAGGAUAUCUAUGAUGCUGUCAGCUCUGGAAAGACUGCCAUGGUGACCGUGGUGGACGAGUGGCUGGACAGCUACAAGCAGAGCCGAGAGGCGGGACUGCUGGUGCUCAUCAACUUCAUUGUUCAGUCCUGCGGAUGCAAAGGUGUGGUUAGCCGAGAGAUGUUUGACAGCAUGCAGAAUGCUGAAAUUAUCAGCACACUAACCAAAGAGUUCAAUGAGGAUUCUGUGAACUACCCUCUAUGUACUCCAGGUCCCCAGCUGAGGCGUUUAAAAGACGGCCUGCGUGAGUUUGCUCGGGUCCUGGUGCGCUCCUGUCAGAAUAGCCUCAUUUAUGACGAAUAUCUCUUCCCCUCCCUGCUGGCUCUGCUCACCGGCCUGUCAGACUCCCAGGUCCGAGCAUUCAGACACACCAGCACUCUGCUAGCCAUGAAGCUGAUGACGGGGUUGGUGGAAGUCGCUGUGAUAGUGUCUGUUCAGCUGCAGACCACCCAGCGCCGAUACGACGUGGAGAACAGCAAGAGGGCGCAUGACAGAGCCUCUGACAGACUGGAGGACCUGCAGGCCACCAUCAGAGAGUUACAAGAGAACAGAGAGGAACUGUCCUCCAUGAUGAACGGCACUUUCCGUGGUGUGUUUGUGCACCGAUACCGGGACUGUCUGUCUGAGAUCCGGGCAGCUUGUAUUGAGGAGUUGGGCAUUUGGCUGAAAACAGACCCUGAGGACUUCUUAAAUGAUGGAUGUCUUAAGUAUCUGGGAUGGACCCUGCAUGACAAGCAAAGUCCGGUGCGUCUGCAGUGUGCGCGUACCCUGCAGGGUCUGUACCAAGAGAAGGAAUUCAUUGGCCGCCUGGAGCUUUUCACCAGCAGAUUUAAAGAAAGGAUUCUCAGCAUGGUGCUGGACAAGAACCCAGACGUGGCAAUGGAAGCGGUCAAUCUGUGUCUGCUGAUCCAACAGAAUACAGAGGACGGUCUGACUGAGGAGGAGUGCGGCCACAUCUAUCCUUUGGUUUAUGCUGCACAUCGAGCCCUGGCGUCUGCAGCCGGCGUCUUCCUCUACAGCAAGCUGAAAAAUGUGACUGCCAGUGACAACCAGGAGGAAGAUAAAAGCAACAAUGCCGCCUUUUUGCAAAUCCUCAUCUCCUUCUACAUCCAGAGUGAGUUCCAUGAGCAUGGGGCGUACCUGGUGGACAGUCUGUGGGGUGUGGCGGGAUCUGAGCUCAGAGACUGGGAGACUAUGACAGCAUUUCUGCUACAGGAGGCUGGUCUGAUGUAUGAGGAGGAGGGGGCCCUCAUAGAGCUGAUGAUGUGUGCCAUCAAACAGGCAGCACAGGCAACCCCACCUGUUGGGAGAACUCAGGGCAAAAAGAUCCUGAGUAUGAAGGAUAAGAAGAUCCAGGAACAAGACAGAAGACGCAUCACCGCACACUUCAUCCCCUUAGUGCCACAGCUGCUGGCCAAGUACUCAGCAGAUGCAGGCAAGGUGAGCCUCCUUCUCAAAGCUCCCCUCUACUUCGAGCUGGAGAUGUACAGUAGCGCUCAGUGGCUGGAAAAGCAUCUGGACCUGCUGCUGUCCCAGAUAUGUGGCAUUGUGGAGAAGCACACAGAGGUCACUGUGUUGGAGGCUUGUGCCCACCUGGCGAACACUCUCUGCUCCGAGAGCUACACCUUCUCCUCCCGUGCACACCUGGCAUUCAGCCAGCUGCUGGACGGCCUGACUGAGUGUUUCAGCAGCUACUUAAGUGACCUGCUGCAGGGUACUGCUGAUGAUGACGACACAUACAAUGCAGCCACUGCCUUGAAAAGGAUUGCUGUCUUAAGCAGUGCAAAGGACCCGACUGGCUUGAAGCUGUUUGACUCUUGUCUCGAGCUGCUAAAGAUCAGGAUGGAGUCGACAGAGCUUGACAAAGAGCUCAUGGUUUCAGCUCUGAAGUGUGCAGGCUUUCACCUGAUGUGGGCCAAAGUCAAUGUGGUCAACUCUAAGCCAGCUGAGGUGGAACUGAUAGGCCUGAAGAAGGAUGUGCGUUCAUUCUGCAGAGUCUGUCAGACGUGUUUGUCUCUGAACCAAGCUGAGAUUAGAGAUGAGGCUUUUGUGCUGCUGUGUGACUUGCUGCUGCUCUACAGUGUGAGUUCAGUCCGCUCUGAACCUGCCCUCCAAACGCUGGUCCACCUGCCGUCUGAUUCUCUGCGCUCUGAGUUGGCUGCUUUCCUUCUGGACUACGUCUUCACCGACACCGAAGAUGUCGAGCUCAAUGGUAUUUUGACACCAAAUGAAAAAAAGUCACACCUACUCUUAAUUAAAUCCAAAAAUGAGGAGGAGACAGAGAUAAGUCUUCUACAGAGGAAGCGCAACCAGCUGGCUGGCUACUGUAAGCUGAUCAUCUACAGGGUGCUGGACCUCACUGCUGCCACCGAUGUCUUCAAGCACUACAGCAAGUACUUUAAAGACUUUGGGGACAUCAUUAAAGAGACUGUGAGCAAGAGCAAGCUCAUCAACCCCAUACAGAGCGCCAAGACGGUCUGUCUGAGUCUGCAGCAGCUGUUUUCAGAGAUGCUUACAGACAACCGCAGCAGGCAGGAUCUCUCUGAGAUUAGAGACUUGGCCAAAAGGCUUGCCAUGAGCUUUGGCAUUGAUCUUCAUCGUGUCCGCAAGCCACUGUUGGCCCUACACAAGGGCGGUAUAUGUUUCGCAUUUCGAGACUCACAGGAGGACGGGGAGCGGCAUCCAAAUGUGGCCUUCUUAGAGAUCCUCAGCGAGUUCAGUUUCAAGUUGCUGCAACCGGACCGCACCCAACUAGCUGAUUUUCUGAAGUCAGAGUGUCCCAGUGCUGCCCUCUCCUGGCCCUCAGUCAGACUGUAUCAGCGUUCUUUGGCAACUCACUCCACCUCCAAAUCCAGAGAGCAGGAGGAGGGAACUGAUGCCUUCUCCUCACACCAUUCUCCUGUAGCCAAACGGAAGAGGACCACUGCACAGGGUUCAGUGUCCAGCACUGCCAGAGGCUCCUGGCUGAACAGCAGCAGUAUCCACAGCAGCCUGCCCACACCGGCCCUCACCUCCACUGUCCAGAGACAGCCAGCCAAGCAACUGGUCUCCAGGAACCCCAGAGCACCAGAGUCAGAUAUCGAUACUGGCAUACGCGAGAUGGAAUCAGAGGAUGAGUUCUCCUCAGUGCCACAGAUGCGAAAGGUAAACCCCACCAAGCGACGCCUGCCUUCCGUCACCCACACUGCCCCGACUCUGGAGCCACAAGACCUGAACUCCCACCUCAGCUUGCUUUCUCUGAUGGAGGAGGACAACGCAGAAAGAGAGGAGCCUGAGAUUGAUGAUUAUGAAAGUGACUCUGACUCAGCAUAUACACUGCCUUCCACACGUCACACCUCAGCCAGCAUCCUUGACGAGCUCUUUGACUGA